UCUGACUGCUGCGGAGUGGAGUAUCGCUGUGCGGUCGGCUGAACGGGUAUUUUUUUUUUUCUUUUUAAAUAAAUACUGGCUUCUCUGCACAUUUUAAAGCCAUGUCUCCGUCGGUGCCCCUCCAGGAGAUGAUCCGGGCCAUCAGGUCUGCCAGGACGCAGUGUGAGGAGCGAGGCGUCAUCCAGAGGGAGUGCGCGGCCAUCCGGGCGCAGUUCAGGCAAGCCGACAAUGGCGGGCGGUCGCACAACUUGGCCAAGCUGCUUUACGUGCACAUGCUGGGUUACCCCGCUCACUUUGGUCAGAUGGAGUGCGUGCGCAUGAUAGCCAGCUCGCGCUACAGUGAGAAGCGUGUGGGGUACCUGGGAGCCAUGAUGCUGCUGGACGAGAAGCAGGACGCCAGCCUGCUCAUCACAAACUCCAUUAAGAACGACCUCUCCAACAGUAACCAGUACGUGCAGUCCCUGGCUCUGUGCACGCUGGCCUGCAUGGGCUCAGCCGAGAUGUGCAGAGAUCUGGCGCCGGAGAUCGACAGGCUGCUCCGAUCCUCCAACUCCUACAUCAAGAAGAAGGCUGCUUUGUGCGCCGUUCACAUUGUGAGAAAAGUCCACGAUCUCGGAGAGCUUUUCGCCCCGGCCGCUCGUUCGCUGCUUUCUGAAAAGAACCACGGUGUGCUGCACGGCGCCGUGGUGCUCAUCACUGAGCUGUGUGAGCGGAGCCCAGAAACACUCGAGCGAUUCAGAAAAACAGUGCCUGAUCUGGUUCAGAUCAUGAAAGGUCUGGUCAUUUCCGGUUAUUCUCCGGAGCAUGAUGUGGCGGGAAUCAGCGAUCCCUUCCUUCAGGUACGCAUCUUGAGGUUGCUGAGGAUUCUCGGUCGCAACAACGAAUCGGCGAGCGACGCCAUGAACGACCUUCUGGCUCAGGUGGCGACCAACACUGACAGCACCAAGACUGUGGGCAACGCCGUGCUGUACGAGACUGUUCUCACCGUCCUCGACAUCAAGUCAGAAAGCGGCCUCAGGGUACUGGCUGUCAACAUCCUGGGACGAUUUCUUCUCAACAAUGACAGGAACAUUCGAUAUAUUGCCAUGACGUCUCUUCAGAAGAUUGUUGUGACGGACCACAAUGCAGUGCAGCGCCACAGGGGGACCAUUGUCGAUUGCCUGAAGGACCAGGAUGCAUCUGUGAAGCGCCGUGCCUUGGAGCUCUCCCUGGCUCUGGUGUCAGCCUCCAACAUCCGCUCCAUGAUGAAGGAACUGCUCCUCUUCCUCUCCUCCUGCCCCCCCGAACUGCGCAGCCAAACGGCCAGCGGUAUUUUCAACGCGGCCGAAAGGUAUGCGCCCUCCCAGCGCUGGCACAUUGACACCAUCCUGCAUGUCCUCACCACGGCAGGGGGCGACGUAAGAGACGAAACGGUCCCCAACCUGAUCCAGCUCAUCACCAACACCUCCGAGCUGCACUCCUACACCGUCCACAAGCUGUACCGCGCCCUGAUCACCGACAUCUCUCAGCAAUCUCUGGUCCAGGUGGCGUGCUGGUGCAUCGGAGAGUACGGAGACCUGCUGCUGAAGGGAGACUGCCAGGAGGCUGAGCCUGUGCAGGUGUCGGAGGACGACGUCCUGGACGCCCUGGAAACGGUCCUGCAGUCCCACAUGUCGUCCCCGGCGACCCGAGGCUUCGCUCUCACCGCCACCAUGAAGCUCAGCACCAGGAUCACCGAGAAUGUGGAUCGCAUCAGAAGCAUCGUCAGCAUCUACGGCAGCUGCAUCGACGUGGAGCUCCAGCAGAGGGCUGUGGAGUACAACGCUCUCUUCAAAAAAUACGACCACAUGAGGGCGGCGGUGCUGGAGCGGAUGCCAGUGAUUGAGAAGAACUCCCCGGGUCACACCAACGGGGAGUCGACAGGAGAGGCGGUGAAGGAGGUUCAGCCGGUCAGAGUGAAACAGGGAGAGCCGCAGCAGCCGGCGCAGCCUGCCGGCCAGGUCUGUGACCUGCUGGACCUCCUGAGCAGCACGGAGGAGCCCCUGCAGCCCCCCUCAACGGGAGGCGGCGGCGGACCCCCCCAGUCCAGCGGCUCAGCCGGCGCCGCCGGAGGAGACCUCCUGGACCUGUUGGGGGGCCUCGAUCCCAUCCCCCUCGCACCAGCUCCCACGGUCACCGUGUACGACAAGGCCGGAGUGAGUUUGACACUAAGCUGUGAGAAGCAGUCGGACUCGGGCCUGACGGUCACACUGACAGCCUCCAAUUCCACCGACUCGGACAUCAGCAGCUUCACCCUGCAGGCGGCCGUGCCCAAGAGCGUCCAGUUACACAUGAAGGCCCCCAGCGGCGACUCGCUUCCCGCUCGAGGCGCCGCUAAAGUCACGCAGGUAGUGAUGCUCAACAACCCAAGCAAGGUUAAUCUGAAAAUGAGAAUCCGCUUGUCGUACAGCAGCAGCCAGGGAUCAGCGGUCCAGGACACGGUCCAGGUGGACUCCUUCCCGGCGCCGUGACGGCAGCUGGCCGCCCUCCAGCAGCGUCGUGACUGCAGCACAGGCUGCCGUUUCUCAGCUCAACGGUUUUCAUUUUUGUUGGAGUCACAUUUUUCUCCCACUCCCUGGAAGUGUUAAUGUGAUUUCAGCAAACAGGUAUAAUUUAAGAAAGAAAAAAAAACAAAAAAAAAAAAAACUUGUUUUAUUUGGGGUGGGGUUGCAAUCACUACUGUACUUUGAAAUGUUGUCCAUUAGGUGGCAUUCAGGUUCUUUGUUUACAAGCUGCUACAUCUGAUUGUAUUCAAGUGUUUCACUCCGGAAUUGUAGAAACUUGGCGGCUCCAAUCGGUGUAAGCCACUGGAUCAACCCCCCAUACUUCACUCCAUGCGCUCACUCUUUCAAAGCGGGGGAAACUCUUAAUGAGCCGCAACCUUCAGCAGGAAUCUCAUGGAUCCAGUAUACUUGAUUUUAUUUAUGAAGACAAAGAUAUGCAUUCGAACUGGAAGGAUUUAAACACUACCUUAUGUGCUGCACUUAACUUGCCUUCUGUUACUCAGACCACCCUAAUUCAUUCCCCUGUGCCUUUCAUUCCUUCUUUAAUCAUAUUUUGAGGCCAAGAAUAUUUAAAUAUAAAUUAUACCCAUGUUUGUAUCAUCCCCAUACAAGCAAUACUUGCUUUUUGUGAGCAGUGGCACCGUGUCUGUUGUUUACAGAGGCUCCGAGAGAGUUAUUUUAAUUUCUGAGUACUGUGUAAAGUGAUGCGAGAAG